AUGCCAACACACAAGCAUAGCUAUGCAACGCCGGAGAAUGUAGAACUUGGCCCGCUGCUUCUUUGCCACAUGACUGCAUUUCUUGCUGAACGAUUUCCCAGAACCCUCUGCUGCUGCCACCGCCAUCUCCGCCCGGGUUCCGCCGUUUUCAUCACUACCAGCCAUGAGCUAUUAUCACCUGAACCAGCUGCUUUCUGGAAGCCACAGGUUGAUAGUGGAUAUGUUGUUGGAGGGUUUGGAUUUCAGGGCCUUUCUAUUCUGGAUUUGGGAAAUCUAGGACGAGUACGAGGAGUUAUAAUAGAGAGUGUGUUGCACUGA